CGCACAUAAGUGAUGUCACCUGAUAAUGAAGACAGGAGAGUGUGCUAAUGUUUACAACCGUUGAGCUGUCAAUUUUAUCAUAAAAACUGGGAGUUUAUCGAUUUUUCAGCAGGAAACGACAAGAUGAAUCAACAACGGUGCAAGAUAAAUGAAGUCUACUAACAUUCAGGUUGUCAUUGACUGGGAGUCCUAUGGUUUCUCUUGAAGCUCUGCUUUUCACAGUUAAUCGGAGCCGGCAUCCAGAGCGAACUUUUAGGAGGUGCACAGAUGGAGUGGGUGUUCAUCAUGAACCGGAUGAGCUCUCAGGGUAGCUCUUCUGCUCAGAGGAGGCGGAUGGCUCUUGGGGUGGUGAUACUCCUGCUGGUGGAUGUCAUCUGGGUAGCGUCCUCUGAGCUAACGUCGUACAUUUUCAAGCGACAGGAGUACAACAAACCCUUCUUCAGCACCUUCACAAAGACCUCCAUGUUUGUACUUUAUCUGCUGGGUUUCCUGCUGUGGCGUCCCUGGAGGCAGCAGUGCACGGGCACUCUGAAACGAAGGCACUCUGCAUUUUUUGCUGAUGCUGAGGCCUACUUUGCACCCUGCACUACAGACAGCACUCUGCACAACCGCUUGAGUGAACCGCUCUACGUUCCUGUGAAGUUCCAGGAUGUACCGACUGAACAUUCAAACUGUUUGAUUGAAGGCUGCGAGUCUUCAGCUUCCAAAAAGCAGCGUGUACGCUUCAGUAACAUCAUGGAGGUGCGUCAGCUUCCCUCCACACAGGCCCUGGAGGCCAAACUGUCCCGCAUGUCGUACCCAGCUGCCAAGGACCAUGAGGCCAUGCUGCGCACAGUGGGCAAGCUCACCAUCACUGAUGUGGCUAAAAUCAGCUUCUUCUUCUGCUUUGUGUGGUUCCUGGCUAACCUAUCCUAUCAGGAAGCUCUGUCUGACACGCAGGUCGCUAUUGUCAACAUUCUCUCAUCAACGUCAGGUCUGUUCACGCUCGUCUUAGCAGCAAUAUUUCCCAGCAACAGCAGUGACCGCUUCACCUUGUCCAAACUGUUAGCUGUGGCUCUGAGCAUGGGAGGUGUAGCCCUCGUGAGUUUCUCCAGCAUGGAUAACCCUGAUGGAAAAGGAGUCUCAGGUUCUUUGUGGUCGCUUGCGGGGGCAAUGCUGUACGCCGUCUACAUCGUAAUGAUCAAGAGACGAGUGGAUCGGGAGGAUAAGCUUGACAUUCCCAUGUUCUUUGGGUUUGUGGGUCUGUUCAACCUUCUGCUGCUGUGGCCCGGCUUCCUUCUGCUCCACUACACGGGCUUCGAGGCCUUUGAGCUUCCCAGCCAGCUGGUGUGGACGUACAUCCUCAUCAACGGCCUCAUAGGGACUGUUCUCUCAGAGUUCCUGUGGCUCUGGGGCUGCUUCCUCACAUCAUCUCUGAUCGGAACUCUGGCGUUGAGCCUCACCAUCCCGCUCUCUAUUAUUGCAGAUAUUUGCAUGGAAAAGGUACGUUUCUCGUGGCUGUUUUUUGCUGGGGCGGUCCCUGUCUUCCUCUCCUUCUUCAUCGCCACACUUUUAUGCCACUACAACAACUGGGACCCAGUGCUGGUCGGACUGAGGAGAGUAUACGUCUUCAUUUGCAGAAAACAUCGAAUUCACAGGCAGCCUGACGACAGCGAGCAGUGUGAGAGCCUUAUUCCUCUACAGACCGUCUCUCCCAGUGAAGGAAGCUUCUGCUCCUGAUCCAGCAGUCCAACACAAAGUGGUGAAUGCAGAGCUCGCUAAGCUGACAAUCUGGAAGCUUUCAGAGACAUUGAACUACCCCAGUGCCUCCUACUAAAUCUAUUUAUUUUCUACAGUGUUGAUAUGGCACUCCCAUUUCUACAAACUCAUUUUUAUUUCCACAUGUCAGUCGACACAGACUGAGUUUUGUUUUAACAUUAUUGAUGUUUUCUAUGUAAAGAAGUCCUUUAUGGUGCUCGAGGUGCUGGACGAUACCAGUGACAACUGUAAUGUCGCGACCAAAUGAAACGGUACAUAUUGAACUUGAUUCUAACACUAACAGAAGCAGAGUAACUGUGUUUAUCUGCAGAAAUCUGAAGGCUUUGAGCUUAGAUAUAUUUUUAGGACGUCUAUGUUUGUCUAGAGGCCUUUUGAAGCCUUGCUGCUUGUUUGUAUGUGUGAAGCAGAAACAAUGCAUUGUCCCAGUUGCCAAUCUGUCCAUUUAUGUGAAAGUUUUAAUUUCUCUUUUCUGCCUUUGAUGAAGUAAUGAAGUGAUGCUGCUUUCACAUGGACUCAGGAGGAUGGUUGAUGGUAAGAUAAAGAUGUAAAGAUAGGUUGCUUAUUUGUUUUAAUUUAUAUUAAACUGAACAUUGAAGGUAACGUUAGACAAAGUGAGCGGGGAUAGCUAUGUUCAUAUUUCUGUCUUCAGUCAGCUCUCCUUCUCAGGCUGCUUUCACAUCUGUGCUCGCUAACUAUCAAUAUUUCCCUGCUCUUAAGACCAGCCUGAAACCACACAAAUGUUUUUACCACAGUGUUAACAGGCAGAGGGGACAUGUGUCCGUCUCCUUUCUGCAGAUUCAUUGGUUAUGACAUGGGUAACCAGGCUGUCCAUGUUGUGACUUUUCCUAUUGAGAUUUAAUUUCCGUUGUUAUGAGGUCUUGACCAAUCAGGAUCAAGUAUUUAACUCUGCCGGGUAAAUAUUUGAUUUAAUAUAUUUUAUAAUUUGUAAACAGUAGCUAAUAGCUUUCUGUCCUUGUAAUAACUUCCAUCCAGACGGUGUUGUUUGUCUUCCAUUAGCCUUUUUCCAUGUGGAUGCAGCAGAAGCCUGUUGUUGCAUAAACACACAUCAUUAAUGAAUUUUCGGCUGAUUUCAACACCUCGGUCUGUGGAAGUUAAAAACAGUCUGGAGUGCUAUUUUAGUCGUUUACAGCCUCACACACAUUUUCAGCGGCUUGAUUAUGUGUGAAUCUUGAAUUAGCCUUGGCAAACACUUUAAAUGAUCAGAUAAUCUUAAUGACUGUGUUGUUUUCAUGGGCAGUACUGAGGUAGAGUUAGAAACGCAGCACAGGGAUGAGUUCAGGUUACCCAGACUGAGCAGCUCGGGUAAUAAGAGACCUGUUAAAAGUGACCAGUGUGUGCUCAGAGGAGUUCUCUACUGUCUUGGUGGUCACUUUAGGAUUUUGAAGUCUAGAGUGACCACAUAUAGAUAAAAAGGUGGAUAUCAUUAUGCUUCUAUCGAGGGUUGGCAGGUCAAUAUGGUGUCAAACUAAGGUAGCCUCGCUCUAAAGGGCACACUGCUUUAUCGUCUUUUUAACCCUUGAUAUAACCAUUAUUCGUAAAAUGAACAUCGUGCUGUAUUAGGGGAAACUUAAAAACUUGCACAUAAGGCAGUUAACGCACCAUAAAAUGCUAACUGAGGUGAAAUAACAAGUGGAGAGCAGGAUCAUUCUCUUUCCAUGUAAUCAGAUUACAUUUUACUCUACAAGUGUUAGAGUUGCCCCCUGCUGGUCACAAAGAAGAAGCCAGGUUCAAAGCACUCCGGGUUUGUGCUGCAUUUGCAUGAAUUGAACAGUUGAUGGCAUUACCGUCGACAGUAGGAAAUAUUUGAACUUUUUGCCGUCCCUGCAAACAAAUUUACGACUUAAUGUCAUCCACUCUCUCAAACAAAGAGACCAUCAAAAUGUUAAACUCCUGCACACUGUCAAACUUGUAAAAAGUAUGUAUAUUAGCAAUAAUUCGGACUUAGACAUUGACCGAAAUGUCGCUAAUAAAUAUAGAUUUUUGCAGGUUGGACAGUGUGCCGGAGUUUCACAUUUUUGAUUGCCCCACUCCUCUCCUUCACACCCGUCUUGUAAAUAUUUGUGCAAAGCUUUUUUUUUGAAGGAGAAAACACAAGUGACCUGAAAAACGAGCUCAUCGUUUUGGCUUGUAACAUACUACCUCUUUUCCAAGUUUCUCUUCCACUGUCCACGCUGGAGAUAAACUAUUGACCUCAUUUAUUUCCAGCUUUUUCAAAGAUUUGAUCCCGUUUUACAAUCACAACGUCACUCGAAGCUCCUGUGGGAGGUUUUCCUCUGUUUCCUCUGAACAGUGAUUCCUCUGUUGGUCUUUUAAAAGUAAAAGAAACUAUCAAUGAAAACACUGACAUCUGUUGUUAAUUCUAAUGCCAUUUACGACUGUGAGGAGUUGGGUGUCACAUGAUCUUGGUGAAGAUAGAGGCCCACCUGGAGUGAUACACUUGUCCGUUAAAAGAAGAGGUAUCACUUUGUCCACAGGGGGCGCCAAAGUCAACACAGACAGAAAGUUCUUCACAGGGGCUUUUGCAUGUUUUGUAUAUCAGUUCUGCCAAGCUGUCGAAGUGUUAGCUGAUUUGUUUGGAGAGCAAAAAGUUCAAAUAUCUUUUAAAGCUGGUCCUCAACGACAUUUAUUCUCUACUAGCCUCAUCAGAUUUAGUCCACAACCAGUUUGCCAUCCACCGUCUUCCUGAGUUCAUGUGAAAGCAGAAUCAGCUUCACUUUUGGGAGCAGAGGUACCAUUCUUUCCCCUUAUUUACAGUCAAUGGUCUUAAUCAUCUUCUGUCACAGGGAACCUUUCUAAGUAGGAAAUGAAGAGUAAUGAAAUGACACUACAGCAUCACUUUCUUUACAUCACCACCUCCUCCUGUCGGUGAGUGUACUUCUGAAAAUGCUGGAUCAUGAUCACAAACUGUGACAGACGUGUUCUUUGUGUUAAUAUACUGAUAUCAAGCCUUCAGCUAUAAGCUACAUGAUGCCAAUAACGGUCGUCUGCUUGUUUUUCCAUAAUGGGUGUAAAUACUGUAAACAGAGACACAUCACAGAGAGUUGUUUUAUUUGUGCGAUCAGAUGACCACUACACUUUACGUCUCUGAGAUUGUGUAUCAUUUUAUAUUUUGUGAAUGAACUGCCAGAUGAAGAGUUUGCAUACCAGCUGUUUUUACUUGUAUCUGAGAUUAUAUCACAAUGAUUGGUUCGUUGUAAAUGAUUUUUUCUCUCUUUAGGACACAAUGAUUUAUCUACUGUUUGAUUUUAUGUGUUUAAAGAAGCAUUUCUCUGAGCAGCCUCAGUAUCUGUCAUCUAAUGGAGGGUGUAAACACUACAGCUGAAGGUGAACUGUCCCUGUUAAAUGUCAGCUGUGUGGACGUCUUUAUGGAGUGUUUUUAUUGCACUUAGGUGUUAAGAAGAGGAGGAAAUAAAAGCGCCCUGGGAGGUUAAAUGAACGAGCUGAGCGUUUAGAAUGACUGAAGUAAUCUAGUUCAUGUUCAACGUUGCACUUUCAGAAGUUUUGCCAAUUAGUCCCUCCAUCUGUCUCGACUGAAACAUUUUGAAUGAUUAGUUAUAAAGUUUCCCGUGUUGCCUGCUUCGACUUUUAAAGCUGUUGUUUCUUUUCUCUCGAUGGUGCUUGUUGAAUCUGUAAAUGAUUUUUUUCUUUCUCAGGUUUUUUUGUCUUUUUUCAUAUCUCGGUUAUUCUUUCGUUUCUACGUGUCAUAAAUGAUGUUAAUGUAAAAGAAGGCUGGAAAGAGUCCCUUCCAUUUUAUCAACCUCAGCUCUUGAGUCAUCCUUUGAAUCUGAAGUCUGUUUUCAUACUGCACUAUUAAAACAUAUCUUUUUAAAUCUA